AUGUGUCCAGGUUAUGAUUUGAACAUAAAAGCUUUAGGUAGGGUGCUAUACAGUGCAUUUAUUGUUUUCCUCCUUCAUGGACACAUUGUAGCAUUAAAAAACUGUCUUGAGAUUGUACCAUUUGAAGCUAAAGUUGAUGGUGUUUCAUUAAAACGAAAAUACGAAUCUACUAUAUCUACAGGUGAAGGAUUGGACGCGUUUGUUAUUAUUUCCGAUGAACGCUUACAAUAUAUUGAUGAAUUUAUGACGUCACACUGGGUUGCCCUCCUGCGUAGUCCCUCAGAAUCUGGAAAAACGACGCUUGCUAUUCGAUUGAAAAAUUAUCUUGAAAACAAAGGUCGUUAUGUUGUGAACAUUUCCAUACUUGAUUUGAAUGGUACUCGUAAAUGGGGUAUGGAUAGCAAUGAGGCUUCUGAUGCUUAUUGGAUGGAACUCGUGGGAAAGACGUGGACUGAGCUUAUGAACCUCCAGACUCAGGAAAAUAUACGCAAAGCAACAGCAACCUACAUAUGCUCCUUUUGA